UUAAAAAAUUGAUUUUGAUUUCCUUGUAUAAAUAGUUUUACUUAUGUGGUGUUUUAAUAUUUGUCCUGAAUUCCCAGAAAGAUCACAACAAAAUUCGCAUCUUGAAGGGUUGGAUUUAUCAAACUUUGAUUUAUCUUUAGCAUCAUGUACUCCUGUUAUGGAAUCCUUAGAUUACAGGAUAUUUGUUGGAACUUGGAAUGUAGGUGGCAGAACUCCAACUAAUGAACUUAAUCUUGAUGAUUUCUUGCAUGUUGAAGGCUCUUCGGAUAUCUAUGUAGUCGGGUUUCAAGAAAUAGUUCCAUUAAACGCAGGGAAUGUUUUGGUAAUAGAGGAUAAUGAACCAGCAGCAAGAUGGUUAUCAUUAAUAAACCAAGCACUAAACAGGAAAACCCAUGAAUCCUACACCAGUUGUGAAUCAAGCCCAAAUAUAGCAAAAACCUCUAAGGACUUGAAAUCUAACUUGUUUCAAAAACCAAAUUUAAAAGUUGUAAGUAAGAAUUUGAGAGUGGAUAGUAGUCUUGUUAAGACUUGUAAUUGUUGUUUAGAUUCAUUAAUUCCAGAAAAGCGUAGACCAAGACGUAUUCAUGACAAUCCGUUUCAACAUCGUUACACUAGCAGCAUUGAAGAAUUCUUGUCCAUUGUACCUGAAACUCCUGCUUAUCCUGGUCUUGCUGAAUAUCGUCUCCUUUCCAGCAAGCAGAUGGUUGGCCUUUUUCUUUCUGUUUGGGCUCGUAAAGAAUUGAUUCCUUAUAUUGGACAUGUUAGAGUCUCUUCCAUGGGUACCGGCAUCAUGGGUUGUCUUGGAAACAAGGGAUGUAUAUCAAUUAGCAUGACACUCCACAAAACAAGCUUGUGUUUUGUAUGUUCACACUUGGCUUCAGGACAAAAGGAAGGAGAUGAGCUUAAGAGGAAUGCAGAUGUAGCAGAGAUAUUAAAAGGCAUGCAAUUCCCAAAGAUAUGCAAAAAUUCUGAAAAAAAGGCACCUGAAAGGAUCACUGAUCAUGAUCGAAUCCUUUGGUUUGGAGAUCUUAACUAUCGCGUAUCUUUGCCUUAUGAGGAAGCUCGGCUUCUUUUAGAGGAAAAUGAUUGGAAUACUCUCUUAGAGAAAGAUCAGCUGAAGCUAGAGCGAGAAUCAGGAAGGGUGUUUACAGGAUGGAAAGAAGGAAAAGUGAUGUUUGCACCAACUUAUAAGUACACACAAAAUUCAGACAUGUACGCAGGAGAGACAGCUAAAAACAAGAAGAAAAGGCGUACACCAGCAUGGUGUGACAGGAUAUUAUGGCAUGGACAUGGAAUUGAACAAUUACAUUACGGUAGAGGAGAAUCAAGGUUCUCUGAUCAUCGCCCUGUUUGUGCUAUUUUCUCUGUUGAUGUUGAAGUCAGACGUAAAAUAAGCUCAAAGUUUAGGAAAGGCUUUUCCUGCACUGGAACAAGAUUAGGUUAUGACUGUAUUCCUCAAAGGCAUAGUUUUUAUGACUUCUGACUUUCUCACUUCUUACCUUUCAAAAAGAAAAAAAAACUAAAAAAAAAAUUCUGUAAAAUUCAUGAGGUGUUUUUUAGUGUGUAUAAGGAAAAUUCACAAUAUAUAAAGUAUACAAGUAACAAUAUAUAAGCAGUGUUGAUAAAUAUAGGGGUACAUAAGUUUUAUUCAAAAUGUACACAACAGAAUUCUGGUUAUGUAGAAGAGAAUGGGUGUCAUACUAGUUGUACUCUGCAAACUUUUAUUGGUGUAGGCACUACAAAUUUAGU